AUGACAAACACUUUUCUCAUCACGGGAGCGACAGGUAAACAAGGGGGAGCAGCAAUCGAUGCUCUUCUCUCUGCUACUGGAUCGUCUGAUGUUACCAUAUUUGCUCUGACUCGCAACGUCGAAUCACCAGCAGCAGAGAAAUUAGCCAAGAAAUCCGACAAGAUCAGACUUCUCCAGGGCGAUCUUAAUGACUGUCCUGCAAUUUUCGAAGCGGCUCCUCAGCCCAUCAAGAGCGUCUUUUGCGUUACCAUGCCCAGCAUGGGGUUUGGUAAUGCCGGCGCGAGCGAAGAAGAGCAAGGCAUAGCUCUUAUCGACGCGUCCAUCAAGCAUGGCGUAGAACAUUUCGUAUUCACAUCUGUGGAUCGUCACGGCGAGGAUUCCGACAAUGAUCCGACGGAUAUUCCUCAUUUCAUCAGCAAAGCCAAUAUCGAGAAAUAUUUGAAGGAGAAAAGUGCAGGGACCCAAAUGUCAUGGACCAUUCUGCGACCUGUCGCGUUUAUGGAGAACUUCGCCUCUGGAUUCGCAGGCAAGAUUUUCCCAACCGCUUGGUGUGCUUCUUUAGCUCCGACGACCAAACUCCAGCUCGUCGCGACUGCAGAUAUUGGAUACUUUGCGGCUCAGGCAUUGCUCAACCCGAAGGAGUACACUGGACGCGCCAUCAGUCUAGCGGGCGAUGAAUUAACUUUCGGAGAAGCAAAUGAAAUAUUUGAAUCGAGACUUGGAAAGGAUAUCCCGAGAACAUUCAAUUUCGUCGGAUCUACUCUUCUCUGGGCGAUUAAAGAUGUCGGAUUGAUGUUCAGUUGGUUCGAAGAAAGGGGUUAUGCAGCUGAUAUCAAGGCUCUGAGAAAGGAGCAUCCAGGACUCCAAAGUUUCGGCGACUGGUUGAAGACGAGUGGGUUGUAA